AUGGCUAUUCAUGUUAAAAAUUCACAGGAACUCAAAGAAACACUAGAUAAAACAACAAAUAAAUUAGUAGUGUUGGAUUUUUUUGCUAAUUGGUGUGGACCUUGUAAAACUCUUGCCCCAAAAAUUGAAGAAUAUGCCAAACAAUUUGAAUCGAAUAUUUUAAUAAUAAAAAUUGAUGUUGAUGAUUUGGAGGAGAUUGCAAUGGAAUAUGAAAUUUCAAGUAUGCCAACUUUAAUAUUCAUUAAAUCUGGUGAAGAAUUAGAAAGGUUUUCUGGGUCAAGUACCGAUACAUUAGAAAAAUUAAUUAACCAGCAUGUAGAGACUCAAAACAAAGCCGUUGAGCAGACAUAA